AUGUCCAAUUCGACGCCCACCCCAGACGGCGUUCAAUCUUCUUCCAAAUUGUCCCCGGCGGAUUUUCGUAUUUACAACCGCCUCGCGGAGCGCAUGGAUUUGUUCCACAAUAACUUCCGCCAAUCCUGGACCAUCCUCUAUAACGCCUGUACCUCAAAACGUCGCCCCAAACAUCUCUCCAUCCACCAAUUCCUCACUAUCGGCCUAGAUCUCUGCGCCCAUCUCGAGGUUCACCACGCUAUAGAAGAGCAGUCCAUAUUUCCCCACCUUGCACAGCGCAUGCCCGCGUUCCGGAAGGGCGUGGGCCUUAUCGACCAGCAUAGGCAGAUUCAUGCGGGUUUGGAGAAGUUGAAUGUGUACUUAGAGGAGUGUAAGGGUAGGGAGAGGGAAUUGAGGUUAGAGGAGCUGAAGGCGGUUAUGGAUGGGUUUGGGGAUGUGUUGUGGAGGCAUUUGGACGAGGAGGUGAGGGAAUUAGGGGCGGAGGAGAUGAGCAAGUAUUGGAGUUUGGAGGAGAUGAGGAGGAUGCCGAUGUAG